CUUUCAUUGCAAAUCAAGAACAUACUCACUGUGCCUGGUGUGUGAGCAAGACUGCAGCAAGACCAUUUACUGAGUGAUUCACAGUGUGCUGGCAGAUUCUACGUUCAACCCCUGAAGACGAGGUGCACCUCCAAAGAUGCAGCUCAGCCUGGUUCUAGCCACACUUCUCUGUCUCACCACAUGGCUAAACUUCGUCAAAGCAACAACUGGACCUGUGCAGAACUGUCCAUGUGUCAGCUGGUCCAAGACCAGAGUCCAUCCUGACAGAAUCGUGCGUUACACUAAUCAGAUGGAAGGCGUUUGUUCCAUCAGUGCAGUAAAGUUUCUGACGAUUCGUGGAAUUACACUUUGCUCCGACCCCAACAGCAACUGGGCCAAACAAGUAAUCAAGAAGUUGAAUGCAAAGACACGAGUAGCUUCCACAGCGUCUACAAAUACACCCCCUCAAAAUAAGCUGGACUGGAUAUUGACCACAAAGGGGGAAAAGACACAGGAUGAUGAAGGGUCAGCAAGUGACAUGACACCAGCAGCUUCCACAGAAUCUCAAAAUACAACCCCUCAAAAUAAAACUACUGAACAGAGAUUACAGUACGGACUCACGUUGUUCAUCAUUCAGGUGGGAGAGGCUUCGGAAUCGUGGGUCAAGCGCUGCGCACUCCUGCAACAUGUCAUUACAGUCCCCAGAGUAACGGCCCGUGAUGUCAAACGAGGUGCACCUCCAAAGAUGCAGCUGAACCUGGUUCUAGCCACACUUCUCUGUCUCACCACAUGGCUGAACUUAGUCCAAGCAACAACUGGACCUGUGCAGAACUGUUCAUGUGUCAGCUGGUCCAAGAAAAGAGUUCGUCCUAACAGAAUCGUGAGUUACACUAAUCAGAAGGAAGGUGCUUGUUCCAUCAGUGCAGUAAAGUUUCUGACGAUUCGUGGAAUCACACUUUGCUCCGACCCCAACAGCAAGUGGGCCAAACAAGUAAUCAAGAAGGUGGAUGCAAAGACAAAAGCCUCAUCAAAGAAGACACGAAACGAAGGGUCAGCAAGUGUCAUGACACCAGCAGCUUCCACAGCAUCUACAAAUACACCCCCUCAAAAGAAGAUGGACUGGAUAGUGACCACAAAGGUGGAAAAGACACAGGAUAAUGAAGGGUCAGCAAGUGUCAUGACACCAGCAGCUUCCACAGCAUCUCAAAAUACAACUCCUCAACAUAAAACUACACAACAGAGAUCACAGUAGUAAAUGUUGCUUCUAAAUAUAUCUCAGCAAGUAUUUAUUAUAAAUCUAUUUACAUGUGCUACAAAAUAUCUGCCAUAUUCAAGAUUUUUAAUUGUGAAUAAAUGACUUUUC